CGUAUUUGAGCGUCCUUGCCUGUCCUUCCGAGCGCCGUGCCACCACCUCAUUAUGUUCUCCAAGCGCUCAUGUUCAAGUAGACGUUUUGCUCGGAUCUGUAAUUUCGAAAAUAUUUCUUCUGAAGACUAUCUGAUUAAUUCCCUCGCCGCGUGAAUGUACUGAGGGACAAAUCCUUGGUAGUGCGAACACGUCGCUCCACCACAGGUAGAUGGGCGCACACAUGCACACACUCUCACAAGGCCGCGCACACACACCCGCACACGCAUCCACACGCAUCCAUUAAGCCAGAACUCGAGGUGGUGAUCCCAGGUCUGCAUUCACACAGAGCGGCCGCGGCCCUCGCCUCCAGACUGCGUCUCACCGCGACCACCUUGAGACGGAGGAGAUAGUAUCCUUGGCGAGACGGAGGUCCCAGGGAGGGCGCUCGCCAGUCUCUCUCCUGCCUGCCUUGGAUACUGCAGCCCCGCGCCUGCUCACGGUCCCUGUUGCUCCUCCAGCUGCCCGCGGCCUGCUCUUGCCUCCUGUUGCUGCCUGCUGUCCGUGUGUCCUGCUUGGCUCUGGAGCGCCAGGCAUGGGCUAGGGUGACCUGCUGCUGCGGCUGACGGACCACAACGGGAACAGCGCAGCGCCUCCACGAGAAAGUGAGCGCAGGAGGCGUCCCGGUGCUGCGCCGUGCAUUACGACGAUGUAGUGAGUCUCGAGUCCUGCGUGUUCUUGUCUCCGCAAUCGUUCGUCAUGGGACCAGGGUCGACGAGUGCGCCCAGAAGGGCGGGGGUGUGGGUGUGUGUCGUCGCUGCAGUGGUGUGGGCGGCGGGCGGGUGUGCAGCGGGCGUGGGCGUGUGGAUGGACGACGGGAAUGGGCGCACGGUCCUGGCUGACAGGCUGGACGCCGAGGAAGCCGCGGAUCUGGCGCAGGACAUGCUGGACCUCCUGGACCUCCCGGCGCCGCCCGCCAUGGUGGGCCACCACCGCCACCACCACCGCGCCCACCGCGCCCACGGCUCGGCGCCCACCUGGAUGAAGAACAUAUACAACACCCUCGACGAGCACGGCCACGCCAACGCGCCCAACAUGGACGACGUCCACCGCGAGACCGUCACGGCGGCCGACACCAUCAUCACCUUCGUCAACAGAGAUCCGCCCACGGGCCGCCCAGCUCACGGCGCCAACAAGCGGCUUUACUUCGACGUGAAUGACGUUCCUCUGGACCACUCGCUUCUUGGGGCGGAAAUCCAGGUCCAUAGGCAGCCUGGCUUUGACGAGGUGGUCACUCUGCAUGUGUAUGUGAUCACUGACGAGCAAGGGAGCGAGUCGAAGGUGGCGCGGGUGAGCCUGAGCGAGCCCGGCUGGGUCACGGUGAACGUCACGCGGCCCGUCCUCUCCUGGCUCAUCUUCCCCGACACCAACUACGGCCUCCGGCUGGCGGUCACGUCGCCGGGAUACAGUGAGUCACCGGAGGAGGUUUCCGUGAGGGGGUGUCGCUCGGGCACCGCUGGCAGAUCGGGAACGGGGUUCACGUUAUGUAAUGGUGAUAUGUAGGGACUUUGUGAGGCACA